AUGCAAGACUCUCUUAUUACAGAUAACUCUGCAACCGAUCAAAUCAAAGAAUGGUUCAGCGAAGUCAGUGCUAAUGGAAUCCCAACAUCAGCAGAGUUCUCUCUUAGUAACACUCUUGGAGACCAGGUCCAGAUUAGGGCUUGGAAUAUUGCUGGUCUACCAACAGACAGCUUCUCUGUUGAGAAUGGCAUCAUUAUCAGCAAUGCUCGUCGAUGGCCUCUCAUGAUAGAUCCUCAGGGUCAAGCCAAUAAGUGGGUCAAGAACAUGGAGAAAGCUAACAAUCUUCAUGUCAUCAAAUUGACCGAUGGUGACUUUGUGAGAACCCUGGAGAACUGUGUACAAUUUGGAACUCCUGUUCUGCUGGAGAAUGUUGCGGAGGAGCUGGAUCCUAUCCUGGAACCAUUGCUCCUGAAGCAAACCUUCAAGUCUGGUGGAGCCAUCUGUAUCCGUCUUGGAGACAGUACCAUAGAGUAUUCCCAUGACUUCCGUUUCUACAUCACUACUAAGCUGAGGAAUCCUCACUACCUCCCUGAGACUUCAGUCAAGGUCACUCUGUUGAACUUCAUGAUCACCCCUGAGGGUCUGGAGGAUCAGCUGUUAGGAAUCGUGGUAGCCAAGGAACGCCCUGAACUUGAGGAAGAGAGAAAUGCCCUCAUCAUCCAGAGUGCUGACAAUAAAAGGCAACUGAAUGAAAUUGAGAACAAGAUCUUAGAAGUGCUCUCCUCAUCUGAAGGCAACAUCCUUGAGGACGAGACGGCCAUCAAGGUUCUAUCCUCCUCUAAAGUCCUUGCCAAUGAGAUCUCUGAGAAACAGGCUGUUGCAGAAGAGACGGAGAAGAUGAUCAACAAGACUCGUCUAGGAUACAAACCCAUUGCCACCCAUUCUAGUAUCCUGUUUUUCACCAUUGCUGACUUGGCUAACAUUGAACCCAUGUACCAGUACUCUCUUACAUGGUUUGUGAACUUGUUUAUCAAUGCUAUUGAGAACUCAGAGAAAUCUGACAAUCUUGAGAAGCGUCUUGAGAACCUGAGGGAGUACUUCACUUACUCACUCUACUGUAACAUCUGCCGUUCUCUCUUUGAGAAAGACAAGCUGUUGUUCUCCUUUAUCCUGAACACCAACCUGCUGAAACACACUGGUGAGGUCAAGGAAGAGGAAUGGCGUUUCUUAUUGACCGGUGGCGUAGGUCUGGACAACCCUCACUCUAACCCAACUUCCUGGUUACCCUCUACCUCCUGGGAUGAGGUCUGCCGUGCUGAUGAUAUGCCAAAGUUCAGCGGCAUCCGCAAGAAAUUCCCCGCCCAGAAGGAAGGCUGGAAGGUUCUUUACGACAGUGGUGAACCACAAAAUGAGAAGCUGCCGAGUGACUGGGAGGAGAGUCUAGGUCUCUUCCAGAAGCUCAUUAUCAUCAGGUGUCUACGACCAGAUAAGAUGGUACCUGCUGUCCAGGACUUUGUGACCCAGAAACUGGGCAGAAAGUUCAUUGAACCCCCACCGUUUGACCUUGGUAAGGCCUUCAAUGACAGCCAUUGUUGCGCCCCUCUCAUCUUCAUCCUAUCACCUGGUAGUGAUCCUACUGCUGCUCUCCUCAAGUUUGCUGAUGAUCAGGGCUUUGGAGGUAGCAAGCUGAGCUCCUUGUCGCUAGGUCAGGGACAAGGUCCUAUUGCUAUGAACAUGAUAGAGAAAGGUGUGAAGGAAGGUACAUGGGUCCUGCUUCAGAACUGUCACUUGGCUGUAUCAUGGAUGACAACACUAGAAAAGAUCUGUGAGGAAUUGAACCCAGAGGCGGUCCAUCCAGACUUCCGUCUAUGGCUGACCAGUUACCCAUCCCCUCACUUUCCUGUGGCUGUCCUUCAGAAUGGGGUCAAGAUGACCAAUGAACCACCUAAGGGUCUCAGAGCUAACAUCAUCCAGUCUUACCUCAGUGAUCCCAUCUCAGAUCCAGAAUUCUUUGGAAGUGUCAAGGCUGAUCAUGUAUGGAAGAAGAUGCUUUAUGGUCUGUGCUUCUUCCAUGCCUUGGUGCAAGAGAGACGUAAGUUUGGUCCUCUUGGAUGGAACAUUCCUUAUGAGUUCAAUGAAACUGAUCUUAGGAUCAGUGUCAGGCAACUGGCUAUGUUCCUUAAUGAAUAUGAGGACAUCCCAUAUGAUGCAUUGACCUACCUGACCGGUGAGUGUAACUAUGGUGGUCGUGUGACAGAUGAUCGUGAUCGACGUACCCUCCACACCAUCCUGGAUAAGUUCUACACUCCUAAGAUUGAAGAUGAGUCCUAUAAAUUUGAUUCAAGUGGAACCUACUAUGCCCCUCCUGCUGGCGAUUAUGAGAGCUAUCUGACGUUCACCAAGAACCUUCCCAUCAUCCCUCACCCUGAGGUGUUUGGCAUGCACGCCAACGCUGACAUCACAAAGGAUCAGAGUGAGACCAAACUCUUGUUUGACAACAUUCUUCUUACUCAGUCUCGUUCUUCGGGAGGCGGUGCUAAGUCUAACGAUGACAUCGUCAAUGAUGUUGCUGCUGACAUCCUGGCCAAGCUACCACCACAGUUUGACAUUGAGGCCGGACUACGCAAGUAUCCCACCACCUACACCCAGAGUAUGAACACUGUCCUGGUGCAAGAGAUGGGAAGGUUUAACAACCUCCUGGCCGUGGUUAGAUCAAGUAUCAUCAACAUCCAGAAGGCUAUCAAGGGUUUGGUGGUGAUGUCUUCAGAGCUUGAGGAUGUGGCUAAUAGCAUCCUGAAGGGCAAGAUACCAGGAAUGUGGAUGACUAAAUCUUACCCAUCACUCAAACCUCUUGGUAGCUAUGUCAAUGACUUCUUAGCAAGGCUCAAGUUCCUUCAGGACUGGUAUGAUGUAGGACCACCACCUGUGUUCUGGAUGUCUGGUUUCUUCUUCACACAAGCCUUCUUGACUGGCGCCCAGCAGAACUAUGCCAGGAAGUUCACCAUACCCAUUGAUCUCCUGGGCUAUGACAUGGAAGUUCUUGAUGACAAGAAACACGAAAAGGCACCCGAAGAUGGUGUGUAUGUGAGAGGCUUGUUCAUGGAAGGUGCCAGAUGGGACCGAAAAACACGACAGAUUGGAGAAUCUCAUCCAAAGGUACUCCAUGACACAAUGCCUGUGAUCUGGAUGAAACCAAUGAAGCGUUCAGAGCUUCCAGAUAAACCUGUGUAUGAGGCACCACUAUACAAGACCAGUGAACGUAGGGGUACUCUCUCAACCACUGGACAUUCUACCAACUUUGUUCUCAUGCUGAAGAUACCAACAGAAAAACCACAGACUCACUGGGUUGCUAGGGGCGUGGCCUUACUCUGUCAGUUGGAUACAUAGAGUGCUCUCACCAUUCCUUAUUUUAUUAUCAUAGAGAGAGUAUUUAAUUGACAUUAUACAAAAACUGGAGAUUCAAAAGAAUGUUUAAAAAUUUAAUUUUCCUUAUUGACAAUAUAGUAUCUACCUUCUUUUGAAUACAUAAUGAUUUAGUUAUCUGCAGUGAUGCAUCUAAUCUCCAGUCUUGCAGUUAAUUUGAUGGAGUUGCUUUAUAGGAAGCUUUUUACACCUGAAGUUAUUUAUAUAUAUUUUUUGCAUUCAAUUUAUAUGAACUUAUUGUAAUUAAAAGAAUAAGAUGAAAUCUCUGAACUUGGAGCUGAAACACCUAACAUUCAUCAUUUAUGACUAAGCUUUAAUGGAAAAUGACAGAUUCAUAAGAUGUUACAUACAGAAAUAGAGCUCAUAUUCUACAUCCAAAUUGCAAGUUAUUUCAUCUUGUGAACAUUUAUGUAAUUUCAUUUAAAUUAAUAAUUAAAUAACCACACUUCCAAGCAUCUUGUGUGAUAUAGUGAAGAACAUUUCUUACAAUAUUUGUGCUUUAGCUGUAAGUGAAUGAAUAUCUAUUUUUGUUAUUCUGGCAUCCAGUUUUAUUUUUAAUACAUUAAAAGUCAGUUCUUGUUCAACCAAAGAUAUUCUUGGUGAAGUCAUAUUAUUCAAUGAUGGUGCACUUGAUAUUAAGCUCCUGAUUGAUUUCAGAUAUUUUAAUGAAGACAAUGCUGUAAAGAUACCAUCAAAGUUGUUUUUACACAAGGAUUUGGAAGAAUAUACUAUUUAAAGUUGCAAUGAAAAUAUGAUGUAAAAUUAACAUUGAAAGUAGGUGUGACUUAGUCCCAGAAAAUGGAACCAGUCUAAAAAAUGUUUGUGCAUCUAAUUUGUUGAAUAUUUCAUAUAGAAUGUCAACUUCAAAUUGUUAUGUAUUUAAUUUACUUCUUACAUAAAAACUUAUUUAGAAUAGAAAUGGAUAUAAAAAUGUGUCAAAUUUCUUCUUGUAGUCUGAGAAGAUAAAUUAAGUGGAAGAUGUAGAAAUUUUAUAUACCUUUUAAAAAAAUUACUUUCAGACGAGACGACGACAUAGGGUCAAUAUAAUGUACAUUGUGUAAAUAUAAUUCAUUGUAUAUUAGAUUUAUUAAUAUUGCAUUGAGAUAGCUGUAUGAAAGUCAACAUUUUAAUAUUAUUUCUCUGCUGUGGUCAGAGAUUUCUGGAAUCAGUUGGAAGACUACAAUCUAUGUGUCCUAAAUGUGUAUAGGUAUUUGAUAUUUUCUAUCACUUGUGUUUUGAAAUGCAACAAUUGCAUAUGAAGUAAACAUUUGACUAUCAGUCAAGUUGUACAUGUAUUUGGUAUGUGAAUUUAAAGUAGACAUGCCUGUACAGAGGAGAUGAAUUAUACUUUUCUUUGGCAUAUCAAACUGGAUCUAUUCAAAACUUGUGAAGAAUAAAACAUGAAAAUAAUGGGAGAUUUUUUGUUAAUGAAAUUUUCUUGAUUAUCUCAAGUCCUCAAGAAGGCAAAAGAUUGAAGUGAUGAAGUUUUUUUCUGUACAGAGUAUAAAUUGAGAAAAUUCAGUGUUAUUCUACAAAUGACCCAUCGGCUUCUUAUUUCUGUAUUCUACUGUCCGUCCUGUCAUUUUCAAAGUAUCUUUGAGAUGAUAAAGUAUGAUUAAAUCACUAAACCUUGAUUCUUUUAUUUCAAACUAUAUGCAUAUUGCAUUUGAAACCGUCCAUUUUUUGUACGCAUUCACUCUUCAUGCAGCUAUUUAUGAAAAAAAGUUCAUCUUUUCUGUGAAUUAAUUUUUAUAUAUAAUAUAUUAACUUUACAGUGAAUAUGUCUAUUGAUUUAUUAUAAUGAACUUAUUGAUGCAGUAUAUUUUUUAUGAUGAAUGAAAUGCAAAUGUCUGUGUAUGUAUAUAUACAUUUUGAUGUGUAGCCCUACUUAGAUUUAAUCCCAGUCAAGGCUGUAAGAUAUGAUUAUAUUGAAUAAAUUGAAUUUACCUCAUUAUUCCAAGAGGAAGCCGAAAUAGUGAUUAAAUAUUCAAUGAAGAAACAUUAAUGAUCAGCUGUUCAUUGAGGAAUUGGAAAGAGUAGUUUCUUGUACUAUCACUGAAUAAGGAAACAAGGCAUCUUUAUAUUGUCAAAGCCUAAAUUUUACACCACAAAUGAAAUGAAUAUCUUGUGUUUAUCCCCAUCCAUUGUAAUGAAUUCAGAUUAUUUUUGUACAUAAUAUUCUUCCAAGUGGAUCCUUUGUAUGCUGUUUUGAAUAUGAGUUUUAUUUCCCAAUAAAGUCAAAGACAAGCACAAUAAAAAAAAUGUUCAGUUGUAAUUAUUUAAUAGUUCAUAAUGAAUUCACAGAGUUGAACAAAGAAUAUUUAUUAUAUUUUACAUAAGUAUAGCAAUUAAAAAAAAACAUAAAUUCAUUUAUUGAAAUCACAUGAAGGUAACAUGUAUUAAAAUCAUUUUUAAGUUUACAUGUAAAUCAGAGGAGUGUUCAAUUAGAUAUCUUCUUGGUGAUUGACAAAUGUUGCUCCCGUUAGCUUAGGCAACGGUCAUAACCAUCAAAAUUAGCCUGCUCGGCAACUGGGCGGCGAGUUUUUAGCCAAUUUCGCCCCGGCACCACUGGUUUUGGGGGCAUCGCUCGGUUUUCACUCGAGAUUUGGCGCCGAGUUAAAAUUAUGGCGACGCCUGCUCACUUUUCAUUCACCACCCUAAAUGCGCUCAAAGCCAGGGUGGUCGCCAUCCGGGCGCCGACACAAUCGAGCAGUCGCCCUCGAACAAUUCAGGUCAAAAAUUGAACUUGUUGGAUCAAAGGCUGUCGAGCGGUCACCGGCCACUCAGAGAUUGGUUGAUGAUUUCGGUCAGCCAAUCGCUGCUCGGACGCCAAACAGAAAAGUUCCCCAGAAUUGGCAUUGAGUAAUGGUGAUCACUUUUUCCAUAAUCAUGGCAAAGAUAAUGUACCACCAAUUAAUCUGUAAAGAUCAUAUUUUCAUUUUGUUUGCUGUAGGAUUAGAAAAAUGUUUACUUCGAGAAUGAGUUUAAAACUGGCAAUCCAUAAAUGUAUAUAAUAAUAAUAGCUAUCUUUUAUAUAUCACUUUUCCCAUAAUGGCCCAAAGCACUUUACAGCAUAUUAUUACCCUGGUCAUCGGAUCUUUGCAUGCCCACAUAAUUUACAAUGUAUGCACCUUUUCCACUCCCUGGAGAGCAUUCCAACAAGAGUUCCAAGACUUGAUUGCUAAAAAUAUAGGCAUACUACAUAGGCUUUCACAUCCUAUCGGGUACCCAUUUAGCACCUGGGUCGAGAGUGGCAAAGUGUGGAUUAACGCCUUGCCAAAGGACCCUAGACCCUCUGUUUUCAAAGCUAGAGUCAGAACCACUACACCACGGCUCUUCCACAAGGUCUAAGUUAACCCUAAGCUAACUAAACUACGGCUAUCAGAAUAGCAUCCUAUAGAUUUAUUAUUUAUGAAUAAAAGCUGCAUGUCCUUCCACCAAUAAUAUGCCAAAUGAAAUUGAUAUUUUGUUAUUUUUGCAAAUAAUGCUUUAAGACAAUACCGUACAUGUAAAAACCUAUCAAUGACAAUAUUUUUUUUUCCAAAGGGACAAGAAUGGGUCAAAUGUUCAUGAACCAUACAUAUAUGUAAGCAAGGAAACAAAGUGACCAAGCUGAUCAUGAAGGCAUUUUAAUAUGGGUUCAUAUGAGAGUCAUGUAUCCCAAUGAACUUGUUACCAUUAAACAGAUUAUUAUGAUUUACAUAUCUAUAGGAGAAAUAUAAAGAGAGGCAUGACUCAAUUUUCUGAUUUAGAUAAUUAUGCAGGUAAUGUAUAGUAGAAUCUCCUUGAAACAGAAGUCUGUAAAUAGACUAAGCAGAAAUUUAAGUCUUCAGAAAUAAAUAAAAACAAUUGCUUUAACAAAGGCAAUUAUUUGACACAUGGAAUAUAUUAUAUCUUCAAGAUUAUUAUAAUGAGCAUAAGAAACUAAUGCUGAAAUUGCACAACCAGAAAUUACAUGUUUUAAAGGCAAUUUUAUUAGGCUUGUAGUUUCAAUGCUGUAGCAUCUAAAUAUAUUAACAGCAUUGGAAUGUUUGUAUACAUAGAACUGUAUGGAGGUACAUUUUGUUAGCCAUACUUUCUUUUGUGUUUCUUUUUUCAAAAGUUAUUCCACCUACCAUCAGAGCUAAUCAAUCAUUGAUAAUAACUGGGUAGAGCUUGGAUUGCGUGUUAUGCCCUACAAUCCAUAGUGCAAUAUUAUUUGCAUUCUGACAUGCCUUGGACAAUUAUCAUAAAAAUUGCUACAAAGUUCAAGAGGUGAUUACUUCUAAAUGACAAGUUACUGAUUGCCUGACCUUGCAAUCUAUUGCAAGUGGCAAUAAUGUAUGAAUGACAAAGUAUUGAUCGUCACUGGCUGCGGAUAGUGCUACCCAUUUGGAAUAGUGACAAUAUCUGAAAGCACCCAAGGCAUCCUUGCCAUUCUAAACAUCACUAUGUUAUUCAUGUUUCCAAGUGAUAUUUGUAUCAUUCCAAUGACAAUGGUAAAUCAAAUCUUCCAUUCCUUUUAGAAUAUGAAGAUU